AUGAGUUUAAAGGGAGAACUUUGGGCCAAAAACCUAGACAAAGUCCUUGAAGCAGCCACAUCCAAUGAUAAAAAUUCAGAAAGUUCGUUAAAUGAGCUCAAAGAUUUCUUUCUUGCGAAAUUAAAAGAAGGAUUUCUUCCUUUUACUGAAACAAAGAAAUAUGAAACAGUAACAGCAUCGCAAAUUUAUCAAUGGAUACAUUUUAGGUACGCCAAAUUCCUAGAUUUUGUUAAAACUAACGAAAUUGAACAGCCUCAAAAAAUGUUUGAUGUAAUUGCAGAAUUAUACAUAGCAGAUGAAUUAAAAACUCCAAAAGACGCCCUAGUUGCAUUAUAUUACAAAUAUGGACCAAAUCUCGAAAAUGAAGUUUUAGGCGAAAUCGAACUGCAAAAUGCAAUCUAUCAACUUGCUAUUGAAAAAAUAGAAGAUAAUUUAGACUUUUCAAUAGGAAUUUUAACCACACCAUUAGGUACUCCAAAUCCAUCUCAUAUUUUUACAGAAUUAUUCUUUGCCGUUAUUGGUAAAAGCAUAACAACCGAACAAACACAUAAUAUUCUUCGACAUUUCAGCAAUAUUACUAACAGAGUUGAUGAAAAACUGAUUUUAUAUGAUUAUCUCGAGAAAAAGAUGAAAAGCGAUCCAAUUACAGCAUCACUCGCAAUCCCAUACAUCGUAGACGUUGCUGUAAAUCGUAGCGUUGAUUACAGUGAAUUUUAUGACGUUGUAUUUCACGCAAUUUCACCAGAAUCACUUUCAAUUCCCGGCAGAGCCACAUUUUUCAAUACUCUUGGCCGAACUGUUACAUCACAUUCGAUCCCAGCUCAAACACAGAUCGCAUUUGCCGUGAAACUCUCCAGAAUGCUUCUGCACGUUGCUCCAGACGUACAACUUGAUAUCCUUAGUGUUAUUCAGAGCCUUGCGCGUGCACACGAGAACGUAAUGAGUUUAAUGACUCCAAAAGAUACUCAAAUUGCAAAUGUUGACUCAGAAAUUUCAGAUGUUACACCACAAACACUAUGGGAAGUGAUUGCUCUCAAGCAUUCUUCAGUUUCAUCUGUUGCAGAAGCAGCAAGAACGAUUGGCCAAGCAGUUUUGCCUCCUGAGUACGAAUCAUUCAAUCUGGAGACCGCUCUAAAGGCAUCUAAAGCAAAACCAACAGCUCAGCAAACUUCAUCCAAUUGGCUUGGAAAUCUUGACAAAUCGGUUUGGAUAUAG